AAUGUAAUACCUGAAGUGAAUCCAACCGAUCCAAAAACUAAGGCAAAUGAUGUAGUUUUACUCCGAACUGAAAGGUGGCGUGUUAGACCCGUUGCAGUGAAAUCGUCAUCAUUGUCAUGUGAAAUGUUUUUUUCCCCCCGUGCUUUUAUUGUUGUACGAUGCUGCACUCAAAAUAAGCCAAUUUUCCCGUUUUUGGAAUGCUUAAAAACUAGGAUUUAAAAGGAUUGUCCAACUGUUGCAGCGAUGUUGAGUGGCACGACAAGCAAAUUGAAUGUACUGGUAAACAAGCUGAAUGAGUACCUGGCUCAAUCGACUAAUGAGGAUGGCGAUGUUUCAGCAGAACCUGAUGAUGUGAGCAACAGGAAUGGUUUGGUGCAAAAUUCAGGAGCCACGAUGGAGGACACCAGGUUCUCCAGAAGAAAACCUGCUGUCGUAACAAAGCAUUCUGGCUUGGACGAGUCUGCGGACUCAAAUGACAGUGACAAUGUAGAAUUCCCCUUCAGUGCAAACGGGCACCUGGAUACCACUUGCCUUCCUAAAGGUACCGUUUUUGUCCGACCUGAACCUGUAGAUAAUGGCAGGGAUGACUUCAGGGGUCCCGAGUUCCGCAGCCGGAAAACUAAUGUCUUACGGAAAGAAUUUCCAAGACGACGUGGUGGAGGCGAACAUUUAGAAAUUGUCAGCUGCACUGCUUGCGGCCGCCAGGUCAACCACUUUCAGAGAGAUUCCCUUAUUCGGCACCCAGUUCUCCAAGUACUCAUCUGCAAGUCAUGUUACAAAUAUUACUCAAGUGAUGACAUCAGCAAGGAUGGAGAUGGGAUGGAUGAGCAGUGCCGUUGGUGUGCAGAAGGAGGCAACCUCAUCUGCUGUGAUUACUGCAGUAAUGCUUUUUGCAAGAAGUGCAUUCUGCGAAAUUUAGGGCGAAAGGAGCUCUCCGGUAUCUUGGAGAGCAAGUGGUACUGCUACGUGUGCAAUCCCGAGCCCCUUUUUGGCCUGGUGAUGGCCUGCGACAGCGUGCUGGAGAACAUGGAGCACCUGUGGCAGCAGCAACGCAAGAGAAACCGAGCCGAGCCGGGGAAGUCGGAACUAUACGGCACGAUUCCUCUACCUCAAAUCCUCCCCUUCCAGAAUUGGGAUCACAACGGUAUGGAAGGUAGCGUCGAGUUCAACUACGGCACUUUAAACGUCUCCAAAGAUAUGACCGCAAAGGUUAAACAUUUAGUCGACUCGGCGAACAACGUGAAUGCGAGCUUUAUUGCUUUCAUUCAUACCGCAACAAAGACUAAACAAGGCGUUCGAAGCAUCUAUCUGAAGUCUUAUUUGGCGGUGGUGAAAUCCAUGCGAACGUCUCUGGCGGCUUUGGAGGAAAGCCUUAAAGAAGAAUUCAGCGACUUGGAUGUCUCCAGCCAUUGGGAGGAGUUACUCCGCACUAAUUUCGUGAGUCCGCCUGCCGCAGAAGCAGACGCGGGGCUCACCGGCGGUGGAAACUUGCGGAAACUGUCAAAUGCGGAAGAGGAAGUUCUCACAGAUGCGAGAUGCGCAGGCGAGGACGUGGACUCGCCUUUGCACGAUGAUGGACUGAGUUUGCCGAGGUCUGACUCGGAGUCUUCUCCGAGUCAAGCCAACGUGACUAAAAAGCUAGUGGUCAAACUUACACCAGUACCAGUGGAGGAGGAGGAAGAGGAGGAGCCCUGCUCUGAUGUACAGCUUCAUCUAGAAGACACCGGUGAAGAGCUUUUUAAGGGAACAGAUGCGUCGGGAAAUGAAGAGACAGCUGUUGCUGAUGGUAAAAUGAGCAUUGAGAACGCAAGCACAUCACUCCACCUGGAAGAAGAGCAAGGCAAUCGGCGGUCCCCCCGCGUGAAGACAACACCGUUGCGUCGUCCCAGCGACGUCAAGGGUAAGCCGUCGCUCCGCUCGGCAGCUAGCGAAAGCGACUCGGACACGGAGGCGCCGCCGAGCUCCGCGGACCCCCAAACCACCGAAGAACAAAGUUUAAGCCAGACCCGAGAUGACUCCGACUCAGACGAAAUCCCGGCAGCGCUCCUCGAGCGAGUCGCGAUGACUCAAAGCUCCGACGAGCAUCGCAGCGAAGACGACGAGGACGACGAAGGCAGUCAAGCGUCUACCAAAGUGGCUAAGAAACGUCUCUUCUGGCUCACGAAGAACACCCCGAUAUCGCCGGAGAGAAUGCGCCGCAAACGUAAGCUGCUGGAUCGUUCACCCGAUUCCGAGACCUUGGCGAAGGCUCGACAGGAAAGGGGGGCGGAUUCCUCUAGCGAGGAUCUAGACAUGCAGCCUAAAAUGCAGCGCUUGAAGACCAUCCGGCCCAUCGGCAAGUCUCAUCUCGUCCAGAGCGAGACGGAAAGUUGCGCCCGACAGCAGGUGAUCGGGAUGGCGAGAAAGCACAAGAAUCUGGUACACCAGGAAGUGAUGGAGAUGUCGUCGAUGUCCAGUGAGGACGACCGCGAAGAUGAUUCAGGCGAUGAUGAAAUCGGCGGCGAUGAUAAGAUGAAAGAGAUCACAGAUGAUGCGGCGUUACUGGAACCGGCAGCUUUCCAUCAAUUAUCUGGCGAUGAGGAUGAAGCUGGGCCCGCCUGGGCAGCAGGGGAUGACGACGACCCCGAAAAUAGAAUCGCUAAGAAAAUACUUUUGGCCCAAAUCAAUGCCAACCUCUCAUCGUUCGAUGAGCUUUCGUCAGAUGAAGAAAUGCGGGAUGACGAGUCUACUUCCGAGACGGAAACAGAAUUUAAUGAAGUCGCCGGAGAACGUGGAUCUGAGGAAAAUGGGGAAAACUUGCCCUCGACGUCUUCUGACACUGAUUUGGAUGGCCCAAACUUGAGGCAGCACCACUUGCUGCGCCGCAAACUCACCUUGGAUGAAAGCACAGGAAAUGACAUGGCGGCAUCAGGGAACCAAGCAGAGAAGAAGAAGAAGAGCGUCAAGUUGCCGAGCAUUGAUGAGAGCGGAGAUACUGAGAAUAGCUUCUCGGAGGCAGAAGAACGUGGCAUUAGCGAUGCGCUGAGUGAGUCAGAGGAGGAACACAAACAAGAAAGUUCAACCCCUGAAGUCAAGAAAAUGUCAAUAAACAAGACUCCACCGACCAUUAUUUUGUUGUCUGACAGCAGUAACGAGGAGGACGAACAAGAGAAGGCUGAGAGCGAGAUGAACAAGAGUCAGGGCACACCUAAAGGACGCAAAAAAAUCCGCGAAAUCAUCCAAGACGACAAUUUGCGGUCUGAAACGCAGGAGGCCUUGCGAGAGGAGGAGGAGCGAUGUAAACGACUGGCAAGUAGGGAGCAGCUGAUGGAGGACCGACGAGAGACGGUUGUUGCAGAGCUGUCUCAGGAGUCUGUCACCACCAAGCUGAUUCUGGAUCAGGAUGAGCAGACCAAAACACCUCUAGUGCAGGUGCACAGGAACCUAGUGACUGAACUCAAGCCUCACCAAGUAAAUGGAGUCCAGUUUAUAUGGGAUAACUGUUGCGAGUCAGUGAAGAAGGUCAACUCCAGUCCAGGUUCGGGCUGCAUCUUGGCUCACUGUAUGGGCCUGGGAAAAACACUGCAGGUGGUUGCAUUCUUGCAUACGGUGUUGCAGUCAGAACGCUUAAGUUUUAAAACAGCCUUAGUUGUGUGUCCUCUCAACACUGUUCUCAACUGGAUAAGCGAGUUCAACAAAUGGCAACAAAACCUGGGCAAAGAUAGAGUCAAGGUUACCGAACUGGCCACCUCAAAGAAUUUUGACGUCCGGUUCCAAGCUCUGCAGAGCUGGCAGACAACAGGCGGCGUUAUGAUUAUGGGCUAUGAAAUGUACAGAAAUCUCUGCUCUUCACGCACGCGGCCCGAUAACCAAUCAAAGCAGCAGCAGCUGAAAAACAUUCUCGUGGAUCCAGGUCCAGAUUUGGUGAUAUGUGACGAAGGGCACAUUUUGCGCAAUGUCAACUCCAAUAUUUCCAAAGCCAUGGAAGCUGUAAAGACGCGAAGAAGAGUGGUGCUAACUGGCACGCCGCUGCAAAACAACCUGGUUGAGUACCACUGCAUGGUCAAUUUCAUCAAGCGCAACCUUCUGGGCUCACUUGGGGAAUUCCGAAACCGCUUCGUCAACCCCAUCCAGAACGGCCAAUGCGCCGACUCCACGCCCAAAGAUGUCCGAAUCAUGAAAAGGCGCGCACAUGUCCUCCAUGCCAUGCUGAGCGGAUGUGUUCAAAGAAAAGAUUACUCUGAACUGGCUGAGUUUCUGCCUCCCAAGUAUGAGUAUGUGGUGGCAGUCAGAGUGACACCUCUUCAGGUGACGUUAUACCGUCACUAUCUGCAGUACGUCAGCAGUGUGAGUACCGGUAUGGGCGCUGCAAAAAUUAAGAUCGGAGCAAACCUCUUCAAAGAUUUCCAGGUUCUCGGUCGGAUUUGGAGUCAUCCUUGGUGCCUGGAACUCGGUUAUAAGGCCCAACAAAAAAAGCUCCAGGCACAUGGCGGAAAGAAGAAAGCUACUAGAGCUCCAGUUGUGGAAAGUCCUUUUGCUUUCCUUAGCGGAGGCAGCAACAGCACCACCAGUGAUCCAACCACUGCUGCAGAAGCAAAUGUUGAAGGACAAGGCCAGUCCUGGUUUAAAAACAUGCUGUCUCAACACGACGCCGACAUCAUGGAGCACUCGGGCAAGUUGGUGCUCUUAUUCGAGAUCCUGAGGAUGGCUGAAGCUCUGAACGAUAAAGUACUUGUGUUCAGUCAGUCACUGGUCUCAUUAGACCUCAUAGAGGAUUUCCUGGCGGUUUCUCACCGAACAAGAAUGGACUCAUCCGAAGGAGGAGCAUGGAUUAAAAACAAGGAUUACUACCGUCUGGAUGGCUCGACCUCUGCUGCAAUGCGGUCCAAAUGGGCAGAUAGUUUCAAUAACUCUGCGAAUACGAGCGGUCGGCUGUUUCUUAUCUCAACUAAAGCAGGCUCACUGGGCAUCAAUUUGGUGGCCGCCAACAGGGUGGUUAUCUUUGACGCCUCAUGGAAUCCUUCCUACGACAUUCAGAGCAUCUACAGAGUGUACCGCUUUGGCCAGGUCAAGCAAGUGUUCGUGUAUCGUUUCUUGGCGCAGGGCACUAUGGAGGAGAAGAUCUACGAUCGGCAAGUGACCAAGCAGUCUUUAUCUUACCGAGUGGUGGAUCAGCAGCAGGUCGAGAGACACUUCACCCUUUCCGAGCUCACGGAACUUUACACGUUUGAGCCGGACUUGCUGGAUGAGCCCCUUUCCCGUAAAACCAAGCGGAUGAGCGCCGACUCGCCAAAGGAUUGCGUUCUGGCAAUGCUUCUGGAGAAGUGCAAAGACCAGAUCGUCAGCUACCACGAGCACACGUCUCUGUUGGACCAUAAGCAAGAGGAGGAACUCACCGAGGCGGAACGCAAAGAUGCCUGGGACGAAUAUCAGGCCGAGUCCCACACAGCCAGCGCUCCCGUGAAAGUCAAGCUCGACAUCUUGAAUACGAAGUCAAACGAAGAGCUGAUGCACUUGCUGAACAAAAGCAGAGGCAAAUUAGCAGAAGCCUUCCAGUCGGUGCAGAUGAUGACGUCUUACCCGCUUGAGGAGUACAUGCGACAUGUGUGGAUCCAGAAUCCACAACUGCCCCCAGAUCAGAUCAGGUUGAAGGCCAUGAACUGGAAACAAAUCGACUCAAAGGAGCUGGAUCGGAGAAAAGCCUUAUACGCGGAAGUUCUCGAAGAGCAGCGAUCUCUCACACUGCACAUCCAGACCAUUUUGAGCAAGCGACGCAGUCAAGAGAUGGCGGGGGAGACGCCUGCUGCGAGCACACAAAAAACCUCAUGAGCAGCUGGAAACUGAAGAAUUUGGUAUUCAUUAAGACAUGCGUUCAAAAGUUUUCUUAAUGUGCCAUUUUUCCCCCCAAAAGUUAAUAGUUGGAAUCAUUUCAACUGUUGUUCAGGUUCUCAGCAUUAAGCACUUUAAUGUAUCUCUUGCCUUGUUUUUUUUUUGGUGGUUAAGUGCUAUUUUUUUCCAAGUACUGUACUACUAAAAGGGAUUACGACAAAUAUCGGUCUCUCAGUGAGACACUGACCAAGUAUGCCCAAUAUUUUGUCUGACACUGCAUUUCGUAACGUUGUUAUAUACUUUGUCUAAGAUGUUUUUGCACUGUUGUCAUUGAAGGGACUGAAGAAUUCCAAGUUAUUUAAGGUUCAUUACAGUAAAAUAAAAAGCAUU